GCACCUGUUUGACCGUGAUUACAGAUCGGAGAGUUUACAUUAGAAACACAAGUGCUAUUGAACCAAAACCAUGUGCCAAUAUAAAGAUGUCUGUCAUUGUCUAAAUUAAACUCUCAUCAAAAUGGCAGGGGCCAUGCCCCAGUUGGCCUCGACAAAAAUUGGUCUUGCCAUCAAAAAUGGAGACUUCAGAGAACUUAAAAUCCUGAUUGAGAAUGGGGAAAAUGUUCAUUUAAAGGACAGGAAAGGAAACACCUAUCUGCAUUAUGUAUGCACCAUGUACAGACCCGUGGUUUUCCACAUACUAGCUGCUCAGGGCAUUGACAUAAACUCUCAAAACAAGUUUGGAUAUACCCCUCUACAUGUGACAGCCCUCCAGAAAGACAGUCUACAUGUAGCAGAUGUCAUGUGUUGUGGAGCAGAUCCAUUCAUCAAGUGCUUUAAUGGGAAAACAGCAGCAGAGCUUGAUCCUCAUAAUACAUAUUGGCAGAUGGUGUAUGAAAAGUACAAGCCAGGAAUAUUUCAUGCUGUAAAAGCUCAUGAUGUGGAAAGGGUCAAGGAACUACUGCAUUGCUGGUGUAAAAUGGAUUCAAAAUAUAAUGGACAGACUCUGAGACAGUUUUCAGCAGCCCACAAACAUCAUGACAUAGUGAGAAUUCUAGAUCAACACAAAGCUACUCUGGAUGUCAUCUAUGGUUGCUUGGAGCUGAACUAUGACAGAGUGCGAGCGGGCUUGAAAAAAUCAUGGUGCAAAAUUAACUUCCUUAACAAGGCCUCAAGGAAGCAACAUGUUCUACAGUUUGCCAUAGAAAUGGAGGACCUGACCCUGGUCAAAUUGCUGUGUGACGGCGGGGCCGAUGUCAACAUUCUGGUGCUAGUUCACGACUACUUUGUGGGCUUUCAUGAACUUAAGGGUCCCAUGUAUUAUGAGGUGAUAAAUACUAAGACACCUCAAGACAUCAUGUGGACUGUUCUCAAAGCAAAUGUCAACUUUAACCUAAAAGAUGAGAGGGGAAGAAAUGCCAUGACAUAUGCUUUGGACAAGGGAAAUGGAUUCUUACCAACAGAAGUGUUCAAAUUCAUGCUGAAGAAUGGAGCUUACCUCGGGGAUAGAGAUGAUACAGGAGUAGGUAUUCGGGAGAUUGCCAAGUUUGCUCGAAGGAUGGAUGUUGUGUCACUUAUAGACAAGUACUAUAUUCAAGUGAUUCGGAAUUCUGACAUGGACAUGUUGAGGAAACUUGCAGUAGAUGGUUAUGGUGGUCUCCUUAUUAAUUUCAAUUAUAGAGACUCCUAUGUGUAUGCUGCUGGCAAUGACACGGAUGAUGCCUUAAAUUUUAUAGAAUGGCUGCCAACAUUUCAGGAACAAGUAAGAUUGCUUCACCUGGCAGUGAGAGAGGAACCUGUUAGUGAAUUCUCCUCUAUUCUUCAAGAUUGUAAAGAACCAGAGAUGUUGAUAAAUUCUAAAGACAAGGGAAUGCGAACACCAUUGAUUCUGGCCACAUUAUUUGCUAGAGAUGACAUCGUGAAUUUUAUUCUGAAACAGCCUUACAGCAUAGACAUCAAUGCCCAGGACUGUUGUAAGAGAACUGCCUACCACUACACCUUUGUCCUGGGUCUUGAUGGUGAGAGCAUCAGGAAAUCUCUGGUUCAAGCCGGUAUCAACCAGUCCCUUGUGGAUGUGAAAGGCAGACGGGGAGAGGAUUAUGCCGAUUUUGUUCACAAACAGGAGUGGAUUGAUCAGGAAAUUACAGCUAAAUAUGGAAUGGAAUUAGAACUUAUGUGUGUUGAAAAGUAUGAAGACUUAAGAAAAGUAAUUCGAUCAAAACGACAAGGAUUAAAAGAAUUUGUGGAACUCUUGAGAGAUUUUCCUGUACCAGUAGCUGCAUUUCCAAAAAUAUUAGGACCUCUGAUGUACUCCUAUCGAGACAUCAUAUUUCUGGCAGUGGAUUAUGGGAAAGAAGACAUUGCAAUCAGGCUUGCCAAUCUUGGAGCAGAUUUGUUCAGGAAAGAAUGUUAUAAAAGGAAAAGCAAAGAUGGAGAUGAAGUAACUGUUGCCAUGGAUGUGAUAGAAAGGGCAGCAACUCUGAAAAUGGUAAACUUGGUGAAUGUUCUUGCCAAGAAGCAGAUUCGACAGAGAGAAGUGUUUACACCUCGAGUUCCGCAAAGGGCGCUGGCCAAACUACAGCUGGGGCUGUCCAUGAAGAGUCAGGAUUUUGAGCAGACAUUUGUGACAAAGUUACCGAUAUGCAGUUAUUAAAUGACACUGAAGUGUAUUUCUAUUUAUGAUUAUAAUUUCACUGUCAAAUUUUGUUUUUGUUAAUGUUAUUGAAUACUUGUUCAGUUUUAUAACUUGUAUUUUACAUAGUUUAUAGGAGCAAGUGUUGUUGGGUUUUGGGGAAAUGCACGAAGUCUGAUUAGUUUUUUGAUCAGUUGAUUGUGCUUUUAAAUAAUCAGAUAUCAAGAUGCUAAUUUUUUUUACUAUUUACUUUUAAAUAUACAUUUGUUUUCUUUUACUUAUGUGAUAUGAUAUAUAAAUUGUCUGUGAUAUAUAUUUUAAUAAAAUCAUA